GUUUGAAAGGUGGGAGUGUGGAAGGGAGAUGAGGCAGGGCGAGGAGGAGCCUACAGCUGGGUACACAGCUGUAUGGAGCGGGGCGUCUGGGUCCCCGUUAAGCACGUAAUGAAUCUGAGACUGGGGGCUUCGGACAAGUUGUCUCACCCCACGGGUUUGAAGGAGCGCCUGCAUCCAAGCCCAGCCCAGUGGCUUCAGAGCCUGCAGCCGGCUCUUCUCAUGUAAAUUGGUUCCAGUUAGGGCCACUCAUCAGUCCUAGAAGUGAGAAAAAGGAAGAGCUGAUCACUUCGUGAAUCCUGCCGCGUGAGAACAGCAAGUGCCACUUCCUGUGUCGCAACCAGUGCCCCUGUUUUGGUUAAGGAAGAGACGGGGAGUUUCGGGGUCUAAAAGCAGAAGGGAAGGGGCUGUGACAGGACCAGCUGCAGAGGGGCUCCUGGUGAGGCCCCCGCUGGCCCGGGAGAGGAGGCCCCGCACGCCCGCCGACCUGCAGCUCAGCCGAAGCCCGCGGCGGACCCCAGGGGCAGGGCCACAGAAGCAGUCAGAGCUAAGGGGACGUCCUGAAGGGGGCGGGCCUCGCCCAAGAAAGGGAAGGACACCGGACCUUGGGAGGCAUCGGAUCUCAUUCCUGGCUGAGGCCAAGGGGAGUGUAUUCCUGUCCUGUUCGUGGAGGUGAGGGCUGGGGGCGACCAGGGGAAGCGGAGAGAGAGGGACAUAGAGGGAGCAGCCACAGGCCGGCUCGGGCUGGCAUCUCUGCCUCUGAUGCUCCUCUGGGUCUGGCUCUGCCGUCCGGGGAACUCUGGUUACCAAGAGGCGUCGACGGUGUCGAGUCCCCCGCGAGAAUGCUCACCAUCCUGCAAUGUGAGGUCCAGUUGGAGCCAGAUAGAGGUCCCUGCCUCUUCCAGUGGCAGGAGCAUGCUGUCCUACACUGUGCCCGGUGAGAACAUUACGGUCCUUCUACCGGGGGGCUCCCUCGUGCCCCACCCAGAGGAAUUGGAGCCUCCCGACCAGGAUGACAGGAAAAAAGGUCUGAAGAAUGAGGCCAAAGUGCUUGGGACCAUCCAGAUCCUCUCAGGGGCCAUGAUUAUGAGCCUGGGGGUCCUUCUGCUGUGGACUUCCUUCCCCCGUCACUUCAGCCCGGUUAUUGUAACCUUGGUGUCGUCUGGAUACCCGUUCGUUGGUGCCAAGUGUUUUAUCAUUUCUGGAUUGCUAUGUGUCAACUUGGAAAAAAGAUCAGCUAAGCGUUUGGGAGUCCCUACUCUACAGACGUCUUCCGAGCUCAGCCUCGACCACAAUGAGCAAGUCUUCCACAUCAGCUUAUGAGUUCAAAGCAAAUGGCGCCCUCCGUGUCGAUCUUGAAGAAUUCCGGCCUCUGAUGACCGUCCUUCCUCUUGCAGUCUUCGUCUCCCUCUGGGGGCUGGCGGGGAAUGGUCUGGUUCUUGGCCCCCUCGUGUUCUCUGUCAAGUGGGCCCACUUCACUGUCGUUAUUUUCCAUUUGUCAUUGGCUGACUUUAUCCACCUUUCCCGUCAGACGGUGUUUGUCAUGUGAGUAAUAUUAAUUCUCUUUCACAAUAUUUUGUUUCGUCUCAGGUACAUGGACAGAGUGCUAUUCACUUCAUACACAGUUGGCCUCUGUCUCCUGACUGCCAUCAGCAUUGGACGCUGCCUGUCUGUCCCAUUUCCCGUCUGGUACAGACACCGCUUGCCCAAGCACACGUCCACCAUGGUGUGCAUCCUGAUCUGGGUCUUAUCUAUUACGAUAAAUGUACUGAGGAUCCUACCCUGUAGAAAUUUUUAUGAGCCCAUGGCUUGUCGUGUGUACACUGCUAUCAUUGGUGUGAUUAUUUGUGUUCUUUUUGUAACAAAAAUGUGCAUUCUGACUACAUUGUUCAAAGUCAGGUCCGGCUCCCAGCGUAAUCCGCCCCUCAAGCUUUAUAUCAUCCUCCUGCUUAGGUUGUCUUCCCUUUGUCCUCCCGCCCUCUUUUUAUUAAAAUCUUCUUAGCUCCCUAUGCUAACAUAUCCUAUUUGUUUUCGCUUAUGAUCGUGCUCUCCUGUAUGAGCAGCUCUGCCAACCCCUUCAUUUAUUACUUUGUAGGGAGAUUUGGGAAGCAAAGGCAUCAGGAACAUCUGAGGGAGAU